AGGAGCACUGCGAUAGGUAGGAGGAGAAACCAGGAGAGAGCAGAGUCUUGGAGGCCAAGAGAGUGGAGUUUUUUGAGGAGGAGGGGAUGGUCAACUGUAUCAAAAGCCGCAGAGAGGUCAUGUAGUAGAGUAGGAGCAGUGGCCAUUGGUUGGGAUGAGUACGGAGUAGUGGCCAUUGGUUGGGAGUAGUAGGAGUAGGCCAUUGGUUGGGAUGAGUACGGAUGGCCAUUGGUUGGGAUGAGUACGGAGUAGUGGCCAUUGGUUGGGAUGAGUACGGAGUAGUGGCAUUGGUUGGGAGAGUACGGAGUAGUGGCCAUUGGUUGGGAU